UUCCUAUAUAAGGACCUUACCAAGCAAAAGGGACUCAAACUGAAAUCAACGAUCUUUCCACCCACGCGCCGGAGCGUGGGUAUAUACCGAUUCCCGGCGAAAAUUUCUCACUCGGAGGCAAUCCUAUCCUUUGCAGCGAGCACCAGUGCCUGAUUUCUCAAAUUUAGGUUUAUUUACACGUAUACGCACAUCGAGAAGACGAGAGAGAGUUAGUUAUGAGUUCGGAGUUGAUCUACAGAGGACAAGAGGCGCCGCCGGUGACGGACGGUUAUACGCCGAAGCCUCCGAAGCCAUGGCUGAAUGUGAUUCGCCCAGUUCGGUAUAUGCUCCGCGAGCAGCGCCUCGUUUUUCUCAUCGCCGGCAUUGCUGUAGCCACCGUCAUCUUCACCCUCCUUCCGUCGUCUAAUCCCGCUCCCCACGUCCACGGAGAUUCCGUCAACGGCCACGGCUACAACGCGAUCUCCGGCUCCGACUUUCUAGCAGAGACGACGGCUCACUCGGACCGGCUUCUCUACCAGAGCCGCGUCGGACUCGGAUCCUUCAAUUCGGGCGGGAAGAUUCCUCUAGGUCUGAAACAGAAGGGAUUGAGGAUCGUGGUGACAGGCGGCGCCGGAUUCGUAGGCAGCCAUCUGGUUGACCGUCUGAUCGCGAGAGGCGACAGUGUAAUCGUCGUCGACAACUUCUUCACCGGCCGGAAGGAAAACAUUAUGCACCAUUUCGGAAACCCCAGGUUCGAACUCAUCCGACACGACGUCGUUGAGCCACUUCUCCUGGAAGUCGACCAGAUCUACCACCUUGCCUGCCCUGCCUCCCCUGUUCACUACAAGCACAACCCCGUGAAGACUAUCAAGACAAAUGUGGUAGGGACACUGAACAUGCUGGGAUUGGCGAAGAGAGUCGGUGCGCGGUUUUUGCUAACCAGCACCAGUGAGGUAUACGGCGAUCCUCUACAGCACCCGCAGAAGGAAACCUACUGGGGCAACGUCAAUCCUAUCGGUGUCCGCAGUUGCUACGACGAGGGAAAGCGUACUGCCGAAACGUUGACCAUGGAUUACCAUAGGGGAGCUCACGUUGAGGUGAGGAUAGCUAGGAUAUUCAACACCUAUGGUCCCCGUAUGUGCAUUGAUGAUGGCCGUGUCGUCAGCAACUUUGUCGCUCAGGCGUUAAGGAAGGAGCCGAUGACUGUUUAUGGCGAUGGAAAGCAGACAAGAAGUUUCCAAUUUGUAUCUGAUUUGGUUGACGGUCUUAUCCGGUUGAUGGAAGGAGAACACGUUGGACCUUUUAACCUUGGAAACCCAGGCGAAUUCACCAUGCUUGAACUAGCCAAGGUUGUGCAGGAAACCAUUGAUCCAAAUGCUCGGAUAGAGUUCAGGCCAAAUACAGAGGAUGACCCGCACAUGAGGAAGCCUGAUAUCUCGAGGGCAAAAGAACUGCUUGGAUGGGAGCCCAAAGUGCCUCUAAGAAAGGGUUUGCCAAUGAUGGUGCAAGACUUCAGGCAGCGUGUCUUUGGUGACCACAAAGAAGAUGCUCCAACAACCUCUACAACCUAAUAAUGCUUCCAAUAUUUGACAAUCAUGUUUGUACGUGGUCAACAAGGUAAAAACGUGGCACAACACCAUUGACCAUUACAAUUUCCCAUGCUAUGCUGCUUCUGCCGCACCGUAUUCUGUCGGUGCUACUCAUCCAGUCCGUAUCCUUCAUCGUCCUUUAAACAGUUCUAGAGCUUUUUAUUUCCUUAGAGAUAUCUACCAUUUUUGUAUCUUAAAAAUCCAAUGCUAUUACUUAUGUAGACAACAAGCUUUAUAUUAUGGAGUGGAGUAUUCAAAUAUUCAAUAAAUUGUGUCCAUUUUCUUACAA